AUGCCUCCAAAGGGCCCUAAACCAACCAGUGAUGAGCUUCUAGCUCAGUUUGACGACCUCGGCCUUGGCAAAUCCGAGAACAAAACAUCUAAACCCACCGUAUCCGACAAUGCUAAGGGCGGGCAGGAGGACAUCCUGGCCGAACUGGACCACCUAGCCACACAGCGUCCAGCCAGUGGACCAGGUACUCCGCGUCUGUCUUCCGAUAAGCCCAGGCCAUCUACACGAUCUCCCCGUCCGAGCGCGACCAUCGAGCGAGCGACCGAAGACAAGGCCCCAGUCCGCCGGUCUGAGGAGGCCAGCCAGCCUUCACGCGCAGAAACCAAGCCAGAACAGCCCAAGGCCGAGCCUGAGAAUGUCCCCGCACAGCAACCAGCCGAGGAGAGUGCCGGCUGGUGGGGUGGAUGGUCGGGGGGUCUGUUCGCAACGGCCAGCGCGGCUAUGAAACAGGCCGAGGCGGCUGUCAAGGAGAUUCAGAAUAAUGAGGAGGCUCAGAAGUGGGCUCAGCAGGUCAAGGGCAAUGUUGGAGCUCUCCGUGAUCUUGGCGGCGAGCUUCGAGACAGGGCAAUCCCGACGUUUACCAACCUCAUCCACACCCUCGCCCCUCCUAUUUCUUCGCAUGAGCUGAUGGCCCAAGUCGAGGGCGGGGACCUGUUGGUGAUCCAGCGGGGCCAGGAGUCGUCCCCGAAGCGCGGGCUCGAUGUUAGCGGCUAUAUGACCAGUGCCGGCUGGAAUGACGGACCCUGGUGGCGGACGGUCACCCCUGGACAACCGCGGAGCAUCUCUUCCGUGCGAGGUGUCGUGGAAGGUUCCAAGCUCGCUCGAGCCAGCGCCGAGUCAUACGCCACCGAGUACUUCUCGUCCCGUGGGGGAGUCGAAGAGGCCGCGAAGCACGCUUCGGAAGUACUGAGUGAAUCGAACCCUGUCCGCAGCAGCGAUAUCUUCUUGGCUAUCCAGGCUAUCAGCCAGACUGCUUCCAAGGACCUCUUCCAGGCGGGUGCGACUGGCGAGAAGGCUACCGAUGGAGCCGUGGAAGCUGAUACGCAAGAAGAGGAGAUCUGCUUUGCGUUGUACCUCCACGACCCCAUCCAUGGCAUUGCGUUCCACGCCAUCUCUCAAAGUAUCCCGCAGACGUGGAUUGAAUGGCUCGAUGCUUCGGUGCCAGCCCCUGAGAACCCCGACGCCGAGGAUGCGAACGUUCAGCGUGUUGUGGUGCCCGAAGCCAUCGCCGAGAUCAUCGAGAGUGGAGGCGUUGACCCCCGCGAGUGGGUUUCGGAGUGGAUUGAGGAAACCCUCUCAUUGACCGCUGGUAUUAUCGCGCAGCGAUACGUUGCUCGACGAAUGGGUGUCGGUGAGGGAGGUAUCGGCAAGGGCAAGAUGCGAGCUGAGCAGGUGUCGACUCUGGAUAGCGGCGCAGGCGAAGCUGCACGCGCACUCUAG